CUCUAGAAUCAUACACUUCUCUUAUCUUCACAUCUCCCACCCUUCAAAUCUCCUCCACCCAAUCCUUUAAUCCACUAGAUACCCCCUCUAAAAAGAUCUCAACUCCUCUUCUCUUUAUUUUUCCUUCUUCACCAUUACCUUAUUAUCAAUUCCCUCCUCUUAAUUUUUUAUUCCAUUUCUUAAUAUCUCAAACAUGGCUGCUGCAGUAAGUGCUGCAGUUUCUCUUCCAUCAUCUAAGUCCACCUCUUUUCCCACCAGAACCACCAUCAUCUCCCCAGAAAAGAUCAACUUCAACAAGGUGCCGUUGUACUACAGAAAUGUGUCAGCUGGUAGUAGAGUGGUUUCAAUCAGAGCCCAGGUGACCACAGAGGCUCCUGCUAAAGUUGAGAAGAUUUCAAAGAAACAGGAUGAGGGUGUAGUUGUAAACAAGUUCAGGCCAAAGGAACCUUACGUUGGUAGAUGUCUACUCAACACUAAGAUCACGGGUGAUGAUGCUCCUGGUGAAACUUGGCACAUGGUCUUUAGCACUGAGGGAGAGAUCCCAUACAGAGAAGGACAAUCCAUUGGUGUGAUUGCCGAUGGUGUUGAUGCCAACGGGAAGCCUCACAAGCUCAGAUUGUACUCCAUUGCUAGCAGUGCCCUUGGUGACUUCGGCGACUCCAAAACCGUUUCUCUGUGUGUCAAAAGGCUUAUCUACACCAAUGACAAAGGGGAAGAAGUUAAAGGAGUUUGCUCAAACUUCUUAUGUGACUUGAAGCCUGGAGCUGAGGUCAAGAUUACUGGACCUGUUGGGAAAGAAAUGCUCAUGCCAAAAGAUCCAAAUGCCACCGUUGUUAUGCUUGCGACUGGAACUGGAAUUGCUCCUUUCCGUUCAUUCUUGUGGAAAAUGUUCUUUGAGAAACAUGAGGAUUACAAGUUCAACGGUUUGGCAUGGCUUUUCUUGGGUGUUCCCACCAGCAGCUCACUACUUUACAAAGAGGAAUUCGAGAAAAUGAAGGAGAAGGCCCCAGAAAACUUUAGACUGGACUUUGCUGUGAGCAGAGAGCAAACAAACGAAAAAGGCGAAAAGAUGUACAUACAAACCAGAAUGGCACAAUAUGCAGAAGAACUAUGGGGUCUGCUACAGAAAGACAACACCUUCGUCUACAUGUGUGGACUCAAGGGCAUGGAGUCCGGAAUUGAUGACAUUAUGACUUCACUUGCUGCUAGAGAUGGUAUUGUAUGGGCGGACUACAAGAAGCAAUUGAAGAAGGCAGAGCAAUGGAAUGUGGAAGUCUACUAAAUAUUUUUUACUUUCCUUUGUACAAAUAUGAGCCAACUUUAUGCUUCUCUCCCCUGCAUUGUAGAUAGGUAAAUUUUUCUUUUGAAAUUUAUUUUUAUAUUUUUUUUUGGAUUUUCUCUUUUCUGAAAUUUCAACUUUAAAUGAAUCAGUGUAUUGGCAUUGGCCCUCUAAAAGUUGUAUUUUGAGGGGCAUGGAUCAAUAACAUAUAGCUGAAUCAAUCUCAAUCGCAGUCUCUUUAUCUCUA